AUGUAUAUCUUCUGCAUGAACGGCUUUGCGACAAAAUGGCUUCUUUGCGCCGGGAUACACGAGAAUAUCGGAACGCCCAAUGGCCUCAAGAAUGCUCCCGGCAUUGACUGUGGUAUUUUCCAACGACCCGUUGCCAUGCACCGUACUUAUGCCCAGCAGUCUCAGUGCGGGAUGAUGGGCAGCAAGCAGAAUCGCAAACGCAUCCUAUCUUGGUUAGACAUUGCUCUGCUGCGUCCUUCGUCUUUGGUGGGGGUACUCACAUCAUGCCCUAUGACGUAUCAAUUAGCAAGAACGUUCACAACAUAA